AUGAUUUUGGGCGAGAUAAUAGCACUGCUUGGAGAAUCGUUCAGUCGAUUUCCUGCUAAGAGAUACUCGGUCAUAUUCUUAACAUUUGAUAUUCUCUGCCUUUUUAUACAAGGCGCCGGGGGAGGAAUAGCAGCAAGCGGAGACUCACUGUCGCAAACCAAAUUGGGUACCGACGUUAUCCUUGUUGGUAUCAUUUUUCAAUUGCUGGUUAUAAUUGCAUUUAUGGGAUGCGCACUCGAGUUCUACCAUCGCUUCCAGAACAACAAACCCUUCCCCCGACACGAUGUUCAACGGAUUGAUAAGGACUGUCUAAAUAACAGAAUCACCCCUGGGAUUAGGUGGAUGUCCCUUGGUCUCAUGCUUAGUAUAUUUUUCUUCCUCAUCAGAUCCAUAUACCGCAUCAUCGAGCUUGCUGGAGGCUGGGAUGGCACGAUCAUUCAUACUCAGAUUUAUUUCAAUCUAUUCGAUGGCUUGAUGAUUACUUUCGCUAUAUAUACAAUCAAUAUACUUCAUCCUGGAAGGCUCUUUCCGAACCCUGCGGCAAAAGGAUACAACAAAGAAACAAACGAGUUAGAUAUAAUCACACCUUAA